ACUCAAGGAAUUAUGAGAAUUAGCAAAUAUACUUCAGUACCCUCAAAAGACAUUGAUAAUGAACAUAAUGAAAGUGCUUUAAGUGAGCCCGGUGAAACUUCGGAACCUUUGUGGGUACAGGGAACUGAUUCCCCACCGGAGCCCGAAGAAGACUCCUAUGAAACAAUGGAGAAUGAGGAGCGUGAGAUUAUGCUUAGUAAAGAAAAGGGGGAAGACGAUACUGUAGUCGACAUGGGUGAAAAUUGGGAGGGCAGAGGGUAUUCAAAAAAUAAUACAAAUGAAAGAUCAAUUCUUCCGUGUCUUAUUAUUGCUGCUGUUUUUAUAAUCGCAUGGGUUGGCUCAACAAUCAUAUACGCAUAUUAUCGUUCUACCACUAUCGGGACUACUUCCCAAACGAGUACUCUAAAUCGUAUACAAUUUGAUGAUAUAUAUAAUGGAAGUUUUUAUCCUCAAUAUACAUCAUUGAAAUGGAGUUCAGCUGGGGAUGAUGAUGGUGAAUUCAUUUAUCAAGAUGGUGAUAAUAAUAUUAUUUUGGAACAAAUAUCAGAUAGAUCGAAAAAAACUUUAGUGAAAGGCACAGAUAUUAUUGAUGGAUGGAGACAUUCUUAUACCGCAAAUUAUUAUAUUUUUAAUAUUUCUUCAAAAAAUACUUUUCCUCUCACGCAAGGAAUUAAUUCAACCCAUCAAGCUGUAAUAUCUUAUGUUACAUGGAGUCCUGUUGGUCAUGAUAUUGCAUUUGUCAAAGAUAAUGAUGUAUAUAUAUCGUUAGGAUUGACUGAGGAACGACGAAUAACAUAUGACGGAUCUGAUGUUGUUUUUAAUGGAGUUCCAGAUUGGAUCUACGAAGAGGAGGUUCUUUCUGCAAAAUCCGCGCUAUGGUGGUCUCCUGAUGGAAAGCGUAUCGCAUAUCUUCGUUUAAAUGAAAGUGAAGUGCCUGAAUAUCGUUUUCCACUCUAUGUUGAUGGAAUGCAUGUCGAACCAUAUGUAAGAGAGGUUGUUAUGAAAUAUCCAAAACCUGGUUAUCCGAAUCCUAUUGUCACUUUUCACAUAUACGAUACAACAACUCCUUUGAUGUCUCAAUCGGGUGCUACUGUUUUUACAAAUGAUUUUCCUUCUGAUGAUAAAAUAAUUACUGAAGUUUGCUGGGUUGGUAAUGAUAGUGUAUUGGUUAGAGUCAUGAAUCGUGUACAGGAUAUUGCGAGAGUUGUUCUAGUCGACGUCGAUACUCGCAAUGGUACAACGGUUCGAGAGGAAAAUGCAGAUCAAAUGGAUGGAGGAUGGUUUGAAAUUACCAGAAGUUGGGUCUUCCUCCAAAAAGGCGGCAGCAUCACUCAAGAUUCUUACAUCGAUGUAGUUGUAAAUAAUGGAUAUAAUCACCUUGCAAUAUUUUCUCCAUUAGAUUCCAAUACACCACAAUAUCUUACCAGUGGUAAUUGGGAAGUUGUGGAUGGAGUUAAAGCUGUAGAUCGCAAACGAGAGCUCAUAUAUUUUAUGAGUACUGAAAAAUCCUCGAUUGAACGACAUCUAUAUUCAGUUAGUUUCGAUGGAAAAACUAGAACUGCUUUGACUUCGACCGAUGAGGUAGCCUAUUAUUCUGCAGACUUUUCUACAGGCGCUGAGUAUUAUAAUCUCAAAUAUGAAGGCCCUGAUGUUCCAUGGCAGAAAGUAUUGAAAGUUGACAAUAGUU